AAGUUACUCUCCCACUUACCACCCACUCUUCCUCCUCUUCCCCGCCCCGUCCCAUCCCACCCCCACCCCUGCGACGCCGCUCCCCAAAAAAUUCCCCUCGCCUCGGAUUCCCACGCGGCCCCCGCGUCGCCGGCGCCCGCCCGCCGACGAGGUUACGUUUCAGGCCUCGGAGGCGGCGGGGGGAAGGAGGAGGAUCACCAGCCGGAGCCCCGGAGGAGAGGAGGAUCCGGUGCGCCCGUCGCCGCCCAUGUCGGGCCAUCUCGAUCGCCUCGCGCGGCCAUGUUUUGAAGGGUGCUCAAGUCACGAUGAACGUAGAGACCAUAAGUCGGACUUCGAAAUCUCCGAAGAUGAAAAGAAGACCAGAAUGGGCUCUUUGAAAAAGAAAGCAAUAGAUGCAUCGACAAAGAUUAGGCAUUCCUUAAAGAAGACAAGGAGGAAAAGUGGUAGUCGUGUUCUCUCUGUGUCUAUUGAAGAUGUGCGUGAUCUAGAGGAGCUGCGAGCUGUUGAGGCAUUUAGGCAGGCACUAGUUUUGGAUGAACUGUUGCCUGCAAGGCAUGAUGACUAUCAUAUGAUGCUGAGAUUUCUGAAAGCAAGGAAAAUGGAUAUCGAGAAAGCAAAGCAAAUGUGGACAGAUAUGCUUCAGUGGCGGAAGGAGUAUGGCACUGAUACAAUUGUUGAGGAUUUCGAGUACAGUGAGUUGGACGCUGUUCUGCAAUAUUAUCCUCAUGGUUAUCACGGAGUUGACAAAGAGGGGAGGCCAGUUUAUAUUGAAAGGCUUGGUAAAGUUGACCCUAGCAAGCUUAUGAAUGUCACGACGAUGGACCGAUAUGUAAAAUACCAUGUGAAGGAGUUCGAGAGAAGCUUCUCGAUCAAAUUCCCAGCUUGCUCUCUUGCUGCAAAAAGGCACAUUGAUUCCAGCACAACAAUUCUGGAUGUUCAGGGUGUGGGGUUGAAAAAUUUCAGCAAAACUGCACGUGAGUUAAUUCAGCGACUGCAGAAAAUUGACAAUGAUAACUACCCAGAGACUCUAUACCAAAUGUUUAUCGUCAAUGCUGGUCCGGGCUUUCGGCUGCUAUGGAGCACUGUGAAGUCCUUCCUUGAUCCCAAAACUACAGCCAAGAUACAUGUUCUUGGAAACAAAUACCAAAGUAAGCUGCUUGAAAUAAUUGAUGCUAGUGAAUUGCCGGAAUUUCUUGGGGGCACUUGUACAUGUCCUGAAUACGGAGGCUGCCUUAAGGGAGAAAAAGGACCAUGGAAGGACCCAAAAAUACUCAAGAUAGUCCAAAGUGGUGAGGUCCAGUGUGCUCGACAAAUUGUAACUAUUUCCAAUGGCGAGGAAAAAAUUAUUUCGUAUGCCAAGUCGAAGCACCACAAUAUGCGAGGGAGUGACACAUCAACUGCCGAAUCUGGCUCAGAGGCUGAUGAUGCUACCUCCCCCAAAGCUCUCAGAAGUUACAUAUCACAUCCUAAGUUGACCCCAGUCCGUGAAGAGGUCAAAAUGGUCAGGGCUACUAGCUUUUCUACUCGUCUCCCUGAAUAUGAUGUGCCUGUUGUUGACAAGGCUGUGGAUGCUACAUGGAAGAGAGAGCAACCUCGAAAGACGCCUUUACCACCCAAAGACUCUUCUCUGAGAACUGCAACCAUGCUAUCUGACAGCUCUUGGGAUACGAUCAUUGCAACUCUUAUGGCUUCUCUUAUGGCUAUUGUAGUCUUGGUUCGAUCAGUCAAAGAUCUUGCUACAAAGAGUUUGCCAUAUAAAACCGAGUCAGAAGAAAGCUACUCUACACUGUAUCCAGACUCCACUGCGAAAGAGGAAUUCCGACCUCCUUCGCCAACUCCUGGGUUUGCUGAAGCUGACUUAUUUUCCGCAGUCUUGCAAAGGCUGGGAGAGCUUGAAGAGAAGGUUCAGAUGCUUCAAGAGAAGCCUUCUGAAAUGCCCUGUGAGAAAGAAGAGUUGCUUAAUGCCGCUGUCCGCCGUGUGGAUGCAUUGGAAGCCGAACUAAUUGUAACAAAGAAGGCUUUGCAUGAGGCUCUCAUCAGGCAAGAGGAGCUGCUUGCCUACAUCGACAGUAAGGAGAUUGCCAAGGCUCAGAAAAAGAAGAAAACGAUGUUUUGCUACUAGGACCUGGAGAGACCCUUUGUUCGGUUUCUGCCUUCUGAGAUGAGAUGCCAAAGAUGGCAUUGAGAUGUAACAGGCGGUGCGUCCGUUUUCUUGACAUGUGAAUCAACAGGUUUCCGUUGUAAAUCGAGAAAAUUCUGACAGAAAUAAAUUGAGUUUUUUUUCCCCA